CAGAGCCAGAGCGCGGGCACCGCGGAGCGGGCGGCGGGAAGGCAGAGGCGUCCGGCGACCCGCCGCCCGGCGCAGUCCCCGAAAGACCCAGGCCCCGCACGACCGCCAGGGCCAGAGGGAGCCGGGGACUGGGCAGGCGAGCACCCACCGCCUGCCUCCACCGUGCGCAGUCCGAGGUGAGCCCCGGAGGAGAACGCGCCCACCGGGGAGAUCCAGCUCCGCGUCCUCCACCCCGAGCUCACUUGUGCCUGGAACCGCGGACGCACCAGGAGGCGUCGGCCGGGAGCCAGCGCGGGCAGCCGGGCGACCGGUCCCGGAGGGCUGGGGGAGCCCGGCAGAGCGGCCACGCGCCGAGCCAUGCACCGGGCGCAAUAGCAGGAGGAGCGGGCCGCAUGGAGCGCGCUGGGGCGCGGGGCCAGCGCUGGGGCCAGCGCUCGCAUGGGCUCCCGCUCGCGCUCCGGCUGGCGCUGUUGCUGGCGGGGUCGCCGUCGGGCCGCGCGGGGGCUCCCGAGGCGCAGGAGACCGCAGCGUCCGGUACGGUGGCACCGGCGGGAGGGGACCGCUGCCGCGGCUAUUACGACGUGAUGGGCCAGUGGGACCCGCCCUUCAACUGCAGCUCGGGCGUCUACAGCUUCUGCUGCGGCACGUGCGGCUACCGCUUCUGUUGCCACGACGGCCCGCGCCGCCUGGACCAGAGCCGCUGCUCCAACUACGACACACCGGCUUGGGUGCAGACUGGCCGGCCGCCCGCCCGCGCCCGGGACACCGCCGCCCCGCGCGACCCGGCCCGCGAGCGCAGCCACACUGCGGUCUACGCGGUGUGCGGUGUCGCCGCGCUACUCGUGCUGGUCGGCAUCGGGGCGCGCCUGGGCCUGGAGAGAGCGCAUAGCCCCCGCGCUCGGCGCACGGUGACCAGGACACUGACAGAACUUCUCAAGCAGCCAGGCCCGCAAGAACCACUGCCUCCGCCUCUGGGUCCACCCUUGGGUAACUGCGUCCAAGUACAAAUGGGUGACAGUGUUCUCCGGGGUUCCCCCUACAACAGCACAGACAAGAAACGCCUCAAUAAUGCGCCUCUGGGGUCCGCCACCCCGGGACCCCCGCGCGGCCCGAGGCUGCAGGGUGGUGGCAGCCUCACGUUGCAGCCUGACUACGCCAAGUUCGCUACCCUCAAAGCAGCUGCGCUCAAGGCCACAGAGGCUGCACCCCAGGACUUCUAUCAACGUUUUCCCUCUACCGAGACCGGCCCGCGGACCCUCCCUGCGCGGGUCCCGCGGCCUUCGGAGGACGUGCCUGCGCUGCUCGACGCCUGUCCCUGGGCCCCUCCGGGUUAUGUACCUCCGGCCGGCCCGGUCUCGUCGGUCCCUUAUGCCGCCUGGACCGCGGGCCGCCCCGCGAGGCCGCUCCCCCGCAGCCACUUGGUGGCUCAGGUCUCCCCGGCGCCCCGGCGGCCCAGCCACGCGCCGCGGCGUCAGUUCAGCGUGGAGAAGCUGCCCGAGGCCUUCAGCGCGCAGCCCGCGAGCUUUUACAGCAGCACGGGCAGAGGACCCCGGCACCUGAGCACCAACAGCAAAGCCGAGGUCACGGUCUAAAGUGGAACCAUUGGAGCCUUCUGCAGGGUCCUGGGCCCCAGGUCGUGGAGUUGCAGUGCAGGCUUCAAUCCAAACAGGAAUGAGGACGUUUGGAGCCUGUGGCUAAAGGGCCAAAAGGGUAGGGCCAGGUGUUCUGUCCUUGGGAAUGUAGGGCUAUCCUUACCUGUGUAAAUAAACCCUCUAAUGUGGUUCCUGUCCCAA